AUGUCGAAUCGAUCAAUAUCAUCAUAUAAUAUCCAAUCGGAACGAGGAAAUAUUGAAGAUAAAGUCGACGAUGAGUAUGACAAGUUAGAACAAAACUAUAGACAGUUGACACCUACAAAUCAGCAUAUUAAACGAAACAUUAUUUUGCUUGGUUCUACAAAAAGUGGUAAAACGACACUGGUCGAAGUACUUGCAGAUCCACGUUAUAGACCACCAUAUCAGAGACUAGGUUUAUCACAAAACCAACUUGCAACUAAGAAAAAAAUUAAAUGCUCUACAUCUACACAUUUUACACUAACCAUUGUUGAGAUACCUGGUAACAUGCUCGAUAAAGAACAAGAUUUGGCCAAGAUCAAUGAGACAUGUAUUGAAUUGGGUGUUACUCAAUUUCAUUAUAUUUGUGUCUGUACUUCGUUUGAAAAUGGUAUUUCUGACAAAGAUAUCAAAUUGUUCGAACGACUUAUUAAACAUUUUGGUGAAGCAAGCAUCAAGCCUUAUUUAAGUUUAAUUGUAACUCGAUGUGAAUCGAAGGACGAGGAGUCACGAGCUAACAUGAAAAAGGAGCUUAAUCGUGAUUUUCACUUUUCUCGACUAAUGCAAUGGUUCAAUCGACGGGUUCACUUCAUAGGAGCUCUAGAUCCAAUUGAUUGGGAUCAAGGAUAUGAAGAAGUUAUUCUUGAUCAAUUUCAAACAAUCUACAAUGAUCGACAACAUUUUUUACAAUUUAUUGAACAUGAUUGUAAUAUUGAACCAUUUACUAUUGAAUCACAAAUGAAGAAUUCAUCUGUUAUCUCAAGUUCUGAAAAUACUUUCAGGAAUUCGCACGUAUUACCAACAAAUGAUUCAAAAACCAAUGCAAGAAAUUGGAUCACUUCAGUCACGAUUCUCAUACUACUUAUUACAUGCAUCGCAGCUGUGGCCAAAAGGCAUCCUAAUAUACUUUCCAACAUAUUCUCAUCCAAUUGGUUUACAGGCGAAAGCAUCGACAGUGCGAAUCCUGAAAACUUGCCAAUAUAUGAGGACGAACUACCAGCACUAAAUAGUGUGUGGCCACAACCUCGAUAUCUUAAUGUUAGUAUGGAUCUUGUUUAUAUCGAUCCAGAUAAAUUUGUUAUCGAUUCGAAUCUGAAACGAUGUGAUGUUAUUGAUAACGCCAUUAAAAAUUACAGAAAUAUAUUCCAUCCGUCGAAAUUAAACAUUCAUUCGCUGCCGGAAAACAUUGAUGAAAAAAAAAUUUUUAGUGUGCUCAGUAUUGAAAUUAAGUCGGAAAAAUGUGAAAGAUAUCCAACAUUUCAUGUCGAUGAAUCGUAUAACAUAACAAUUGAAGAAGCCUAUGGAAAAAUUCAAGCAAAUACCAUUUGGGGUGCACUUCAUGGUCUGACAACAUUUUCUCAAUUACACUUUGUUACAGAUGGUAAUCAGUUGGUUAUCAAUGCACCAAUUACAAUUGAAGAUGAACCUCGCUUUCCGUAUCGUGGUAUUCUUCUGGAUACUAGUCGUAAUUUUCUACGAACUUCAGUAAUAAAAAAACAUUUGGAUAUGAUGGCUUACAAUAAAUUUAAUGUACUUCAUUGGCGCAUUGUUGGCGAUCAAUCUUGGCCAUUCAUUUCUAAACAAUAUCCAACAUUGACAGAAAAAGGCGCUUUUUCAUUGGAUCAUGUUUACACGCCUGGAGAUGUUCAGGAUAUCAUCGAAUAUGCUCGUCUUCGUGGUAUUCGUAUCAUUCCUGAACUUAACGCUCCCGGUCAUAUUGGUGCUCUUGGUCGAGCAUUUCCAGAUUUUCUAAUCAAUUGUUAUAAUGAAUCGACACGUCAAAUAAUUGAUCCAACAAAGACAGAAAUCUAUUCAUUUAUUGAAAUAAUUCUCAAAGAAAUCAAGCAAACAUUUGAAAAUGAAUUCUAUAUUCAUCUCGGCAUGGAUGAAGUCUAUUCAGCAUGUUGCACAUCAAAUCUCAAUCUUGAAAAAUUUAUGAAUAAGAACAAAAUGAGCAAGUAUACCGAUCUAAUGAGAUAUUAUACAAGUAAAAUUCUUGACAUUGCCCAAAAUAUUGGCGCUAAAUCAAUGGUCUGGCAAGAUGUCUGGAAUGAUGAUGUCAAAUUACCAUUGGAAGUAGUCAUUGAAAUUUGGAAAGAUGAUUCAUGGUCCACUUAUUUAUCAAAAGCAAUUAAUGAAGGAUACAAUGUUGUUCUUGCUGCUCCAUUCAAUCUUAGCAUGAUGUCCUAUAGAAAAUAUGACAAAUCAGACUCAGUCAUGAAUGCUGAAUUUUCUAAGUGGUACAAUAUUGAUUUAUUUGCCAAUUUUAUCGGUGAUGAGACUGCUCGAAAACGAUUAAUCGGUGGUGAAGCAACACUUUGUGGAGAAUUCGUCGAUGAUUUUAAUAGUUUGUCACGCUUUUGGCCACGAGCAUUAGUUGUAGCCGAAAAAUUGUGGAGUUUACCAGAUGUGAACAAUAUGUAUGAUGUUACAGGUCGAUUUCAUAUUCAACGAUCUCGACUGCACAACUUAUCCAUGUACUAA